AGCCGGGAGGACAAAMCCAGAGGGGAUUUCAGGAAAUGUUUGGACACUGAAAUCACCCAGGAAGGGCAAAUCUUCCAAAAUCCAGGACGUGAAAAYCUCUGGUGUCGGGUUCUGCAAUGGAGACAAAACAGGGGAGCACAAAGCUGUGUGAGAACCCCAAAGAAUCYCCUGACCAGGCAGAAAUUGGGUUUUUAUGAAUGUAAAACUGUCUUUUCCUCAUUCUCCACCUGUUUUUCCUCAGGGAGCAGCAGCGGGAAGUUCUCGGGAGCGGAGGAAUACGAGAUCGUUUAUCCGCGGAAGCUGCACUCGGUGCGCAGGAGGGAUGCGGGAACCACCUCCGAGAGCAAAUACGAUGAGACGGUGAAGUACGGGAUCCGAGCCAACGGGGAGGAAGUGGUGCUGCAGCUCCGAAAAAAUCGACACGUGGUUUACAAAUACGAGGCCCUGAAAGAAGAACCCAAAACCUGCGGGCUCCUCAACAACUCCUGGGAGCAGGACUCGAGUGACCCCACUGACGAGCUCUUCAAAUCCAGCAACAGCCCCGAGAUGAAAGCUUACCUGAAAGCAAAGAAGUACCUGGAGCUCUACAUCGUCGCAGACAAUGCCUUGUACAAGAAAUACGAUGAAGACGUUAAAAAYAUAAGACAGAGGAUUUUUGGAAUUGUCAAUUACAUCAACACGGUUUAUAAAGCCAUCAACACCCACGUGGCUCUGGUGGGGCUGGAGGUGUGGUCGGACGGUGACAAAUGUCCCCUGAGCAGGAARGCCGGUUUCACCCUCGACGCCUUCUCCAAGUGGCGCCUGUCGGAUUUGCUGAAGAGGAAACGCAACGACAACGCUCAGCUCAUCACCUCGGUGAUUCCCAAGGAAUUCAGCUCGUGCAGCCUGCAGAGCUUUGAGAAGUUCAUGCUGGCCGACAUGCCCGAGUGCCUGACCAACGUCCCCGCGCUCAGCAGCAUCGUGGCCCCGCCGUCCUGCGGCAACGGCUUCGUGGAGAAGGGAGAGGAGUGCGACUGCGGCACCCCCGAGGUACCCGGGGCGGAAAAUCAUUGGGAAAGGGAGAGGGAAAAAUUCUCCAGAAACACCAGAAAAUCAUUUCCAUCCACAUCCCCCUCAGCAGGAAAGGCCAUUCCUAAAAAAAAAAGAAAGGAUCUGGAAUAUUCCAAAUUUUCCCAGUUGUCCCAGCAGGAAUCCCAAACUGACCCCGCUGCCUUUCCCCCCGCAGAGGCGACGGAAGGCGCGGCCUCGUGCUACCACAUGAACGAGAGGGGCGCGUACUACGGCUACUGYCGCAAGGAGAGGGGCAGCCACGUCCCCUGCAAGAGAAAGGACAGGAUGUGUGGGAAGCUCUACUGCUCCGGGGGGAACGAGAUGCCGCGGACUGGGAGCYUGGUGAUCUUCAAUUCCUGCAAAGCCAGCUUCCCCAGAAACGGAGAGUCGGACGCAGGGAUGAUCCUGGACGGGACCAAGUGUGGCAACGGAAUGGUGUGCAGCCAUGGCGAGUGCAUCCACGCCGAGGAGGUGUUCAGAUCCACCAACUGCUCUGCCAAGUGCUCCGGCCACGCUGUGUGUGACCACGAGCUGCAGUGCCAGUGCGAGGAGGGCUGGGCACCCCCGAACUGUGACAGCUCCUCCACCUUCACCGGUAUCGCUGUGGCCGCUGGGGUUCUGGCAGUGCUGGCCAUCACCGCCGCCGCCGCYGUGCUGCUCACCCGCCUCCGAGGAUCCCGAAAGAGCCACCAGAGCCGGACGGGACCCGGUGCAACCAACCAGGUGUUUGUGGAUCCCGAGCAGAGCUGCAGGGAGUGCCCCGUGCCGGUGCCACUGGGGCAGCAG